CUCCAGGAGCUGUUUCAGGAGCACAGACUUAAGAGGGUAGAGAGUUGUUGAGAUCACCUGAUACUGAACCAUUCCCUGAUGUGAAGCAAGAUAAAAGGCUGAGAUGCCAAGGUUUGCAGCAAAUAUAGGGUUAUUUUCAAGGCAGCUAAGCAGGGAAAUGGGAGAACAAUUCUUAAAUCUCCCUGAAUGCAAGGGGCUUGGGGUACUUCUGAGAUAAAGCCACUGUGCAGUAUGAGGCAUAGGGGGUGUGGGGAAGUGUGAGUGGAAAAAGGUGCAGCAAUGAGCAUUCCUCCUUCUGCGCAGGCGUAAGGAGGCUACAGGCCUCAGCACUUUUCAAGGAGUUUAGCAGAAGGCUCUUAGCAUGGUCUGAGGUUGGAGUUUUCAACCCUCUGGCAUCCAAAGGUUCAAGACUGGGCCUCUCCAGGCUCUACCAGCUCAGCUAGAACCAGACAGAGUUGACUUCAAGUUCCUGGAAAACAGCUCUGGCAAACAUCUUACUGUUUGGACUAUGUGCCACUUGGAGGAUGCACAAGUCUUAAAAAUCACUUUUUUUUUAGUGAAACAGGUAUAGGUGAAAUUGAUUCAACUAGUGAUAACCCACAGUUUCACAUCUGGACUGAAUUCAUGACUGAACCCCUUUAAGGCCUUUAAAUAAACCUUUCAGAGUCUAGCAGGCAGAAUCGGACAUUUCUUCUUGCAGCCAUUCAAGACAAGCCUCCUAUAGAGGACCCUUUCCAGCUGCAGUGAAUCAGAGAUUCAGCAUGAAGAGGAUUCAGUCCACCUGUUGCUGGCUUUAAGAUGGAGGAAGGCAGCCAGAAACCAGGGAACAGAACUCUUUCUAGAAGAAAUGUUCUCCAGCAGAAAUACAGCCCCUACUGACACCUUGAUUUGUCUCCAUUGAGACCCAUGUUGGACUUCCAACGGAUGGUACUCUAAGGAAACUAGAAAAGUGUCCUCCAAAGUGGCUAUGUCAUUUUGCAUCUCCACCAACGAUGAAACAAAGUUCCUUUUGUUCCAUAUCUUCACCAGCAUUUCAUGAUACCAAUGUUCCAGAAGUUGGCCAUUAUAAUAGGUGAUAUUUGUGAUCCCAAUCCUUGUGAAAAUGGAGGUAUCUGCUUGUCAGGACUGUCUGACGGUUCCUUUUCCUGCAAGUGUCCAGAUGGCUUCACAGGUCCCAACUGUUCUAGUAUUGUGGAGGUUGCAUCAGAUGAUGAAGAGCCAACUUCAGCAGGUCCCUGCACUCCUAAUCCAUGCCAUAAUGGAGGAACCUGCGAAAUAAGUGAAGCGUACCGAGGAGAUACAUUCAUAGGCUAUGUUUGUAAAUGUCCCCGAGGAUUUAAUGGGAUUCACUGUCAGCACAAUAUAAAUGAAUGUGAAGCUGAGCCCUGCAAAAAUGGUGGGAUAUGUACAGACCUUGUUGCUAACUAUUCCUGUGAGUGCCCAGGGGAAUUCAUGGGAAGAAAUUGUCAGUACAAAUGCUCUGGACCAUUGGGAAUUGAAGGGGGAAUCAUUUCAAAUCAGCAAAUCACAGCUUCAUCUACCCACCGAGCUCUUUUUGGACUCCAGAAGUGGUAUCCCUACUAUGCACGUCUGAAUAAGAAGGGACUUAUAAAUGCCUGGACAGCUGCAGAAAAUGACAGAUGGCCAUGGAUUCAGAUAAAUUUACAGAGAAAAAUGAGAGUUACUGGUGUGAUUACUCAAGGAGCCAAGAGGAUUGGAAGUCCAGAGUAUAUCAAAUCCUACAAAAUAGCAUAUAGUAAUGAUGGAAAAACUUGGACAAUGUACAAAGCGAAAGGCACCAAUGAAGACAUGGUAUUCCAUGGAAACGUUGAUAACAACACACCCUAUGCUAACUCUUUCACACCCCCCAUAAAAGCUCAAUAUGUGAGACUCUACCCUCAAGUUUGUCGAAGGCAUUGCACUUUGAGAAUGGAACUUCUUGGAUGUGAACUGUCAGGCUGUUCUGAGCCUCUGGGGAUGAAAUCAGGACAUAUACAAGACUAUCAGAUCACUGCCUCCAGCAUCUUCAGAACUCUCAAUAUGGACAUGUUCACUUGGGAACCAAGGAAAGCCCGGCUGGACAAGCAGGGCAAAGUGAAUGCUUGGACCUCCGGCCACAAUGACCAAUCACAGUGGCUACAGGUGGAUCUUCUAGUCCCUACCAAAGUGACUGGCAUUAUCACACAAGGAGCUAAAGAUUUUGGUCAUGUGCAGUUUGUAGGCUCCUACAAACUAGCUUACAGCAAUGACGGAGAACACUGGACCGUAUACCAGGAUGAAAAGCAAAGAAAAGAUAAGGUUUUCCAGGGCAAUUUUGACAAUGAUACUCACAGAAAAAACGUCAUUGAUCCUCCCAUCUAUGCACGGCACAUAAGGAUCCUUCCUUGGUCCUGGUACGGGAGGAUCACACUGAGGUCGGAGCUGUUGGGCUGCACAGAGGAAGAGUGAAGACACAUCACAGGCCUCCUCUCUAUUUUCCUUAAGUAUCUCCAUAGAAUGAACUCUGCAAAAUCCAUAGGAAACGGAACAGGAUUUUUCAUGAAAAGUGCUCAAAUUAUGGUAGGCCACUAACUGUCUUCUUAAGGAGGUCUAAGCCUGCCUUUUCAAUGGUUUAAUUUGAUUUUUAUCAUUUAAAUUCCUUAAGCAACAUCACAUUAACUGUGAAUUCGUUUUUUCAUUGUUUUCUUAUUUAUACUGGUUGAAAUGCAUUAGGCAAAGAAAGUAGCACUCUUGAUAGCAAGGGUAAAACAAUCUUAUAGUUAUCAAAUAAAUAUCUUAUAGUUAUCAAAUAAAAGCAAGAGUUGUCAGAGCUUUCAUGAUCAAUACUGAACUUAUAAAAAGAAUACUGCAAUGUUAGCAAUAAGUUUUGUCCUUCUGUAAUGAGUCUAUAUUAUCCUAAUUAUUCCCUGGUGCCUACCAAACACGGUCAGUGUUUGUAAUCGAAUUUUGAAGAUGAAUCUGUAACAUGCAGUACUAAUUGAUAUUAUAAUUUUCAUUUGACUUUUAUUUCUAAUCAGAGAUUAUAUGAUCUUACUUUCUGUACUAUUCUAUAUUCUAUAUAUUAUAUACUGCCUGAAUAAGUUCAUAUUUUUCCCAGUUGAUUUUUGUCCUGUUAUUUGCCCAAAAAAGUAUGCUUGUGUAUAUGUAUAUAUAUAUAUACGUGUGUGCCCAUAUACACACACACACACAUAUACAUGUGAAACAGGAUUGAGUAUCAGUAGACUGAGCAUAUUUAAUAUCAUUAGAUUAAAUCUGCAAUUCUUUUGUUUUUGAAGGAAGCUAUAACUAUGUAAUCUUCAAAUACUUCCUUAAUUAAAGACCCCAGUACUACCAUCUUGCAAAAUAAACAACCAAAUCCCAUUGUUUCUUUAAAGCAAAAUUUAAAUCUUUGUUUUGAUGGUAUUUACAAAUAGUCUUAUCUUCACUUUAAAAUAAUAGAAUAAUUAUUUGUCUAUUUUUAAAAAAAUUUAGCAGACAAAUACUGACAUAGUACUGCAUAACUUGGCCAAGCAUACUCAUCCUUUCUUUGUUCACCUCUGCAUUUCCUGUGAAACUAGAAUUUUAUUGAAUUCUAUUGAGGUUUGAAACUGGUGAUGGUUUCUCAGGAAAGCACAGCGUGUAGAUAUUUGUGAGGAGAAAAGUAUUUACUAAUGGCAAAGUAGUCAACCAUUUUCAAGGCAAAAAUUGAUUUCUAUUUAUUUUGCUUCAAAGGUCCUGAAAAAAUAAGCAAUUAUCAUAACGAUUUGUUAUUGAUAAUGGAGGUUUCAUUGACAUUCUCACAAAUUAAAGUUCUCACUGCCUCCAUGAAAGUCCUCAACAUCUAAUUUAUAAACUUUACCAGUGUUUGUUUUAUUAAGGCUUAGACACGGAAUUAUUGGAGUUUUAAAUUAAGGGUUCUGGAAAAAAAAGUAUGGUAUGUGUACAAAGCUUUGAGGUCCUGUGCAACACUAAGUUGUUUUUGUUUUUUUUUUUUUUUCGUUAUUAUUUGUGCUGCAUUACAAAACCCACUAGAUUGUUACUGUCUUGUCUGUCCAUGUGUUAACAGCAUUUCUUGAUGAUGUAUAUAUAGAGUGGUCUUCAAUCAUAGUGAUGAUUUAUAAAGAGAAAGUCAAUCAUAAUGGCAUUUUUAAUAAAAGCAAAAUUAGGACUGGCUGGCCACGUAUUUGUCCUAUGCCUACAUGCUUUCUACUUCAGACUCUUAUUGUAAAUUUGAAGCAUCUGAAAUGGUGAUCAGUUUUUAGCAUAUUAAAAAAAAAAGCGCUGCCAUAUCAUCAAUAACAUCUUCUUAAGAUAGCUUUAAAUUAGGAAUGUAACUAUAUUUAAUUUACUAAAUUGUAAGAUCAUAUCACAAAUAAAUACUUUGGGUCAAAGGUAUAUACACAUUUACUCUGUAGCCAAUGGCCCUUAUGUCUUUAAAGAUUUACUGUCCCGCCAAACUCUCCCUUGUAGGUUAUGCACAAUUCUUGAUUCUCUACAGAGUGUAUUUUUAAAGUUGUUAUGAGUAAUUUUUUGCAAUAAUUUACUUUCUCAGAAUUAUUCAUUGCUUCUUAUGAUGUUUUAUUUCAUUGGUAGUUUUUUCAAAAAAAAAUAUUUUCAAAGAGUUUGCUAAAAUGUUGCUACCUUUUAUUAGAAAUACAUAGAAAUGGCUUUUGCCUCUUUGUGCAUUUUCUCGCUUCUGUAUAUGCUUUUCACCAACAUGGAAUCUCUCUUUAACCCACAAUGCCCCAGAUUAAUGACAAUAAAGAGAUUCCCUGUAGAAAUGUAUUGUGAGGUAGUAUAUAGCUUUUGCGUAAUUUCUAUCAAUGACAUUAAAGUGAAGCAGAUUUAUUCUGUUUAAAUUCACAGUAAAGCAAGUAAAACCUCAUAAGCACAAGGCACAGAAGAUCACCUAGCCUUCACCUUGAGUAACUCUAACAUGCUAAUUUUAUAAUCUAUUAAAUUAUUAUAAUUUUAAACAUUUCCAGUAUAUGUCUGUCUUAUUAAAAGCAUUUAUCAUAAUCACUAAUUCUAGUUUUAGGGUUGACUUUCUCUUUCUGAAUGGCUUCAUAAAGGUUUAUGUGAAUUUUGAAGACUUAAGGUACUAAUGAUUGUAUCUUUGCUGAUCAACAAAAUAUGAAAUAUAAUAUUCAUUGCUGGCGUCUGAUGUGUCAGUAAGUACAGAAAUAAGUAAGAUACAAAUAACCUUUGCAAACUUUCAAGCUGUGUAAUAUUCCAAUGUUGGGUUUUUUCUUUGUAAUAUAUACUUAAAUCAUGUAGGAUGUUGUAAAAUCAGUAUGACCUUGUCUAGUCUUCAAAGUUAAAAUAAACUUUUGAAAAUCUGGGAUACUAUUGAAGCAGUUGUAAUCAAACACAUUUGUAAGAACACACAGAUUGUCUGAAUGUGAAUACGCACUACUACAUGCUGGUUUACUUUUUCUUUGUACAGGAAAAUUAAAGAAGUACAGAAAAAGGAAAUCAAAAUAGCCUUCAAAUGUACAUUGAUAUCUGCCAAAUUGGCCUUUCCAAAAUUAUUAAAAUUUGUGCAUUUCUCCUGCUUUUA